AUGCGACCCCUACGCUCCCUCACCUCCUCAAUCCGCGCCCUCAAACCCACCAAUCCAUCCUCCCGCCUCCAACGACACUACACUACUCCCUCUCCCCCCUCCCCCAAAAUCGACCGCAUCCUAAACCGUCUCCCCGCCUUCCUCCGCCCAUACACCCGCUCCCUGCGUUCCGCGCCUGUAUCUCACGUCGUCGCGUUCCUGUUCCUGCAUGAGUUGACGGCGAUCGUGCCGUUAAUUGGGUUGGGCGCGUUGUUUCAUUAUAGCGAGUGGUUGCCGAAGGGAUGGGCAGAAGCGCGAUAUGUGAAUGAUGGGGUGGAGAAGUUUGGACGGUAUUUUAGGAGGAAGGGAUGGUUUGGAUUUGGAAAAGAGGUUGGUGAGGAGAUAGAGGUCAAAGAUGGAGGGGAAGUACAAGUCCAAGAUGGAGGAAAGGGGGUGGGAUCGAGCGGAAGGACGAGGAUAUUGGUCGAGGUUGCUACGGCUUAUGCUAUUACAAAGGUGUUUCUGCCGGCGAGGAUAUUGUUGAGUGUGUGGGCUACACCGUGGUUUGCGAGGGUGGCGGUUGUGCCAUUUAGUAAUUUGUUUGCAAAGUUGCGUGGAGCGAAGACAGUGACAGGCGCGAAUGUUGCGGGUACUGGAGCGACGAAAGCGGAUGUUCAAUCGGCAUCGAAAGGGAAAUGA